AUGGAACUCUCUGCAGCUCCUAGGUCAUCGCAGGAUCUCCCUCGGAAGGGGAAGGUGGAAGGACGUCCACCAUCUCCUCGCCAGCAGAAGCCGAAGGGUCCACUAGCAGCGCCCUUCCGCUGCAAGAUCUGCAAGGAAGGGUUCCCCACGGAGAAGAAGAUGCUGAUCCACAAGUCCGUCCACUUCAGGGAGGUUCCUUUCGUCUGCCUCAACUGCUUCAGGACCUUCGACGAUUUCGACGUCCUCCAAGAUCACACGGCGUCCCACAGGGUCUUCCACUGCGCCAGCUGUCCCUCCGUGUUCCCGGAUCACCUCUCCCUCAGGAAGCACCUGCUGAUGCAUCCCGUCGGGUCGAUCGUGUCCUGA